AUGAAUAAAACAGCUGUCACCAUCGAGCUUGAUCAAAACGAUGAUAUAAGCUCUCCAAUACCACCUUUGAAAAAUCAAAAGCUGCCAGGCGUGUUGCGUAUGGAAGCAGCAGCCAGCAAACUCACAACCCCCAAACGAUGGAUCUUCUUCACCAGCAUCUUCUUCUUCAGCUACGCCCUCAACCUUGACUUCCUGACACGUAACACCUAUGUCCCUUACGCCACAUCAUCCUUCGGAAAUCACUCCCUCCUGGCUACGGUCAAUGUCAUCCGUGAAGUUGUGGCCGCUGCUAUUCAGCCAUCAGUUGCCAGACUGACUGAUGUCUUUGGACGCAUCGAGAUCUUCACUCUCGCUGUGGUUUUCAGCUUGGUUGGGACGAUUAUACAGACUUAUUCGGCAAACAUUCAGACUUUUGCCGGUGGCGCCGUGCUGCAUUCGCUUGGGUAUAGGAUCUCAUUGCUUACUAUCGAGAUCAUGAUCGCGGAUUUCACGUCGAUGAAGACGAGGCUGUUCUUUGCUUUUGUGCCGAAUUGGCCUGCCAUUGUCAAUACUUGGAUCAGUGGUGAUGUCACAUCCGCUAUUCUUUUGGUGACUUCUUGGAAAUGGGGAGUUGGAAUGUUUGCAAUCAUCAACCCGAUCUGCGCUCUGCCUCUCAUCAUCUUCAUGUUCAUACUCGGGCGUCAGACAAAGCGAUCAAGCCUGGAGCAAGAGAAAUCAGGAUCCUCCUCUUGGAGUGCCUCUCUCAAGGCAUUCUUUUGGGAGCUUGAUGUCAUCGGCGUAUUGCUCUUGACAGCUGCCCUAGCUAUGACAUUGAUCCCUCUCACGCUGGCAGGCGGACAGAGUGCCAAGUGGAAAGACGCCGGCAUCUUAACACCUCUGGUCAUUGGCCUCAUUCUCUUUCCAAUUUUUGUCAUCUGGGAAAGGAAGGCUAGUCAUCCAAUGCUCCCAUUUCACCUUGUGAAGCAUCGAACCGUUUGGGGUUGUCUCGGCAUCAGUUCUGUCUUCCCUCUUGCUUUCAUGAUCAUUGGGAACUAUUUGUUCAGCCUACUUGUUGUCUCGUACAAUUUUACCGUCAAAGACGCUACUCGAGUGGCGCUUCUCUAUCGGUUCUGCGCCAUCGUCGUAGGGUCUCUUCUUGGCCCAAUCGUCAUCAAGGUCCGACGCCUCAAAGAAGUCAUCUUGACAGGUAUUGCGCUUUGGUUCGUUGGAUUUGGACUUAUCUACCACUUCCGAGGUGGCUCUGGCUCCAAAUCUGGAGUCAUCGGCGGAGAAGUCAUCGUCGGCAUUGGUGCUGGUCUUUUCUCAUGGCCAACACUUGUUCUUAUCCAGACAGUCGCUCAACACGAGUACAUUGGAGUCUUGAUAUCCCUCGUUUUCACUGCAAACGCAAUUGGCCAGGCGCUCGGUAGCUGUGUGUCGGGCGCGAUGUGGACACAGACUCUGUACAAAGAGCUUGAGAAGAACCUUGCGCCGUUUGGCAACGACACUUUGGCGUCAGCUGUUUAUGCUUCACCCUUGACUGUUGUGCCGCAAUAUCGUUUAGGAUCACCUGAGAGGGAUGCAAUUGGUGCAAGCUAUCGCUACAUUCAACGAAACUUGAGCGUUGUCUCGCUAUGCCUUGUUGUACCGAUGCUUGUCCUUGGAUUCUGUCUGCACAAUCCCAUACUCUCAGAUCAACAAACUCAACUUGACGAGACCAUGGAAUCUCCAAAAGAUCCGAAGCAGGAUACUGGCAACCAAGCAUAG